UGCCCCCCACCUUUUACCAUCUCAUACCUGUACUCUAUGUUCCAUCCCACUGCUCAAGGUCCCUGCUGUCAUGCUAGACUUGUAUUUCUCUACACUGUACCGUUAUGUCUGCGUCAAAAAUAUCUCAUUCUGCAUAGGACAGGGGGAACCAAAGAGGUGAGAGCUUUUACACACUGAGCAUGAAGCUCACCAGGCAUUUCUGUCUCCUGUGCAGGUCCGGUCCUCUGUGAGCUCUUCUGCCCCUCUGAGUGGCCGCAUCCUGCUUCAAAAUUUCACAAGGGUCAGGGCAGAGCACAUUAAUGCUUUCUCAGCUCAGCCCCGAAGCUCAGCCCAGGAAGCUGCCCUACUAGUCUUCACAAGUUUCAUAGGGUAGGCAUCAGCAUUAGAGAAGAGGAAAUACGCAUUUAAACCCAAACAGGCUCAGCUUGAAGGAAACAUUGGGUUUCAGUGCAGCUAUGAAUUAAGAAAAUACAAAAGAAAGUUGAAUGCCAUUUUAGAAGGGAAGGCCUGGGAGAAAGAAAUACUGAGGAAGAGCAGCCAGAAUAUUCAGCAUGACGGAAGCAUUCACAGAAACGACAGCUGAAUACACUUACGAUGAACAUGCUUUUUCCUGCAAUAAGACUGACAUCCAAGAAUUCGGGAAAAUAUUUCUGCCAAUAUUUUACAUUGCAGUGUUCGCUCUUGGCCUCACAGGGAAUCUAAUGGUGGUUUUAGCCAUUGUAAAAGAAGGCAGUAAAAAAAGCAUCACUGACAUCUAUCUCCUGAACUUGGCUAUCUCGGACCUUCUCUUCGUGAUCUCCCUCCCCUUCUGGGCUUCCAACACGGUGCGUGGGUGGACCCUCGGCACUAUUCCAUGCACAGCUGUUUCCUCACUGUAUUACGUUGGUUUCUUUGGGGGCAUGUUCUUUAUCACUGUUAUCAGUAUCGACAGAUACUUGGCCAUUGUCCGGGCAACAUAUUCUCUGAAAUCCAGAACAGCGAAACAUGGCUUACUUAUAACCUGCGGAGUAUGGGCAAUAGCAGUCUUAGUUUCAGUGCCACAUUUUGUGUUCUCCCAGCUAGUAGAAAACGACUGCGUUUCUGUCUUCCCCCAGGAGCUGGAGAACAUCUGGCCGGUGUUCUGCAAUGUGGAGCUGAACACCAUUGGCUUUUUCAUCCCAGUCUGUAUCAUAUGUUAUUGCUACUGUGGGAUCAUCAAAACCCUGCUGUUCUGCAAAAAUCAGAAAAAAGCACGCGCCGUAAAACUCAUCUUGGUUGUGGUGGUCGUGUUUUUUCUGUUUUGGUCCCCCUACAAUGUACUGAUUUUUCUAGAGACUUUAAAGCACUAUGAGGUAUUCACAAGUUGCAGCCAAAUUAAAUCACUGGACUACGCAAUGCACCUGACCGAAACCAUUGCAUUCAGCCACUGUUGUCUCAAUCCUCUUAUCUAUGCCUUUGCUGGGGAAAAAUUCAGAAAAUACCUUUAUCGUGUCUGCUUGAAGUACUGUCCUUUCCUGUGUUUCUGUGGCCCCUGCAGUCGCUACCAGGUCACCUCUUCAUCUGGCUAUGGAGAAAGCACCGUGAACAGCAACAUAACCCUGAACACCAGUGACCAGGAUGGCUCUGUCUUCGUCUAAAAGGCUCUGUGAAGAAGAAAUAUAUGUAAAUAUGUCUUCUGCAGGGUUAGGCACUGCUGAGAGAUUGCCAUUACUCAUAUGAAGAGCAUUAUGGCCACACUGAAUUACUGACAUGCCUGUCAUUAAACAUUAAGUAUUCUAAAACAAUAAAGAUUUUAAGAACAAAACCAGUAUUAAUACAAUAUAUCAAGACUGAACAUGGAAUUGAAUCAAGAGAGAGGAAGAUGGAAAGCAGAAUCAAAAACAGAGCUCUGUGCCUCGAAUGGAGAUGGAGAAGAUUUCGAGGACAGGGAAGCUGGUAAACAGCCUCAUCAUCGAAACUUGCAGGUGUGUCACUGUAGGCACAUGUGGUACAAAUGUACAUAGACCUAAACACCUUUUUUAAGGGAAGAGAGAUCUCUUUAAUGAGUGAUAGCUGACUGUUAGUAAAGGGCAAUAUUUUUCAUAGUUGAUGAGAGGAACAAAUAUCUUUUAGAACCCCCUGGGCCUAAUGUAGCAAGACUAGGCAUAAUUUAACAGAAACUAAUAGAGAAACAAUAGCUCUAUAGAGACUGGACAUGAGGCAAAGUGGGAUGCUGUUGGCUUGCAAGCUGGGAAAGCAGAAUGUUCCACUAAAUGAAGAAAGACAUACGUGACUUUUGCUUAGUAGCACAAAAUGACAAUAUGCAUGCUCAAGAAAUUAGGUUGAGAAGCUGAAACCAGGGUGGGGGCACCGGGCUGCGAAGACCACCAGGGGACCACUAGAGAUCCCUGAUGAAGACUCUCGAAUACCAAAGAUGGACUUCUGGCAAAGGGCGGGGUUAUGUAAAUAAUUUAUGUUUAAUACAUUAACUAAGUGGUAGAAACAAAUGAAUAUGCAAUAGGUACAUGUAAUAAAUACCAAGAAGUGCGAAUCAUGCGCAUGCUCGACAAUCCUCCGAGCACCUGCCACGCUGCAAUAAAAGUACCUGCUUUUUAACACUUGCAAAACACUGUUAAGGAGUCUUUUUGCCGACUUUGUGGUAUCAUAGUAAAGGGGUAUAGUUUUGAUGAUGUAUAUCCAUAUGGAAAUAAUUUUGGGAUUAUUGAUUGUAGCAGAUGUUUUAACUGUGCUUUCAUACCUAAUAAAAUCCUACUAUUAAAAAAAACAAAACAAAACAAAAAACAAA